AUGGCUAGACAGUCGAUGUGGACGAGGACGAACUUGACAGCAGCGCCUGCAUGUGCUCUGUGCAGACAAUUGACCGUCGGUCGGGUUCCUACGAGGAUACAUAGCGCCUCGUUGCAUACCAGCCCGCGAAGGGACUCUGCGUGGGGUGCUGCCGUUCAGGUCGCCUCCAAUGUCGUGAGCAACGUCGUUAAGAAGGCUUCCAAGGAUGCGAUGCAUAUCGACCCUCUCCGGAGUGUCGCCAAGGAGAUGAAGUUUCUGACAGGCAACAUUCGUAAACUUCUGGGCUCUGGACAUCCGUCGCUCGAUCGUGCGGCCAAAUAUUAUACCCAGGCUGAGGGCAAGCAUGUCAGGCCUUUGAUCGUUCUCCUCAUGAGCAGAGCCACCUAUCUCUGCCCCAAGACACCCCCCACACAUCCUACAGUUACUCACCGAGGCAUCGAUGCUUCAAUAUCACCAGCUCAAAUCCUCGCCGACGUCAACCCUUCGCAGCCUCUUUCAGCCCUCGAACAAGAGAUCCCCGACAGCAACUCUGAUAUCCUUCCCAGUCAAAGAAGGCUUGCCGAAAUCACGGAACUUAUUCACACGGCUUCGCUUCUUCACGACGACGUUAUCGACCACUCUAUCUCUCGACGAGGUUCGCCAUCGGCCAACUUGGAAUUCGGCAACAAGAUGGCUGUCCUGGCAGGUGACUUCUUACUCGGCAGGGCAUCUGUCGCACUGGCUCGUCUUCGUAACCCCGAGGUUGUAGAGCUGCUAGCUACAGUUAUCGCCAACCUCGUAGAGGGCGAGUUCAUGCAGCUUAAGAACACCGAGCGGGACGAGAGAAAUCCCAAGUGGUCUGAGGAGACGGUCACCUACUAUCUUCAAAAGACCUACCUCAAGACUGCGUCUCUCAUCUCCAAGUCUUGUCGGGCCGCAGCUCUGCUAGGCAACACCGAUGCUCUGACAGUUGAUGCUGCUUACUCGUAUGGACGAAACCUGGGACUGGCUUUCCAGCUGGUGGACGACCUUUUGGAUUAUACGCAGACCGGAUCUGAUCUGGGCAAGCCUGCGGGGGCAGACUUGGAGUUGGGCCUGGCGACAGCGCCUCUGCUAUUUGCAUGGAAGCAGAUGCCGGAGCUCGGAGCUCUCGUUGGCCGCAAGUUUGCCCAGGAGGGUGACGUACACAGGGCACGUGAGUUGGUUCUCCAAAGCGACGGCAUCGAGCAGACGCGGGCUCUUGCACAAGAAUACGUGGAUAAGGCUAUUGCAUCGAUUGCAGACUUUCCCGAUAGCGAGGCCAAGGAUGGAUUGAUUGAGAUGGCACACAAGUCGCUGAAGCGACAGAAGUAA